AUGCUUUUAAUUUCUGCGUUUGACACCGGAAGUAAAAAAAAAAGUUUAAGUUCAAUUCCCGCUCAUCGUUGAAACGGGAGUUGUUUAGUAACAGCGAUGCACGGAAAUGAAUUGGAAGUGAUAGUUACCCGUUUUCAGGCACUUGUGCGUGGAUAUCUGAUAAGGGAGGAGGUCCGGCGCGCAAGCGUGGACUUUGAAGAAAUUGUGAAGGAAAUUGACGGAAGCUUGGCCCAUUUAAGGUGGACUAAUGCGACUGUCUCCAUCCCAUACUUCAUAGAUAACCUCAGCCCACACCAGCCUGGCGUUUCUUUUAGCAAGAGGUCAGAAUCUGGUCUACGUGUCGGAGAUCCACAGAGGUCACCAGCCCUGUCAGAGGAAAGAAAGGAGCUUUGUGUCCUGCUAGAGAGGAAAGAGGCUGAGAGAGAUGGAUCCCAUCGAUGUUUACCCAGAAGAUCUGCUGCAGAGGAAGACCAACAGCAGAAGUUUGUUGGAGACGCAGAUGAGGAGGUGAUGGAAAGCACAAGGCGGUCCUCCUCCAUCUGGGGCAGUUUGGAGAUAGAUUUGAACAGUUACCCUAAUAAAGGUUCUCAGCACUACUGCCUGGCAGAGGAGGUGCCUCGUACCCCCCAGGCCCUGCGUCUCCAUAGAAACACGUUGACCAUGGAGCUGGUCUGGCUGCAGCAGGCCAUCGACAGCAGGAAAAAGUACUUAUCACUGAAGGACAGACUGACCCAAACGUGAACCGGCCGUACAACCAAGAGACGUUUCAGGAAACGGAAAUCACGAGUGGAACUUAUUAUUUUUUAAGACAAAGAUAAAAAAAACAUUCUAAGUUAUUAACUAUCAAUGAACAUUUAAAAUUCACAAAAAUGCUAUUUUAAAGGUUAACAAUAAAUUAUAUUUUUCUAAAAUAAUCUGGGGUCAGUUGUCAUGUUUAUAAAUUGAACAAAGAGGUUUUUAAUGCAGAAUUUUAUUAUUUAUAUGCUUUAUCAACUGUUGGCUCACUUAGUUGUGAAGAACAAGGUAGAUUCUUAUU